AUGGCAACCGCAGCGGACCAGAGCCCGCCAGAUACCCAUACCCACAGCAACGAAGCCUCAACCUCAACCUCGUCGAUCCCCGUUCCGGUUGAACAGUAUUUGGGCUCGGAGGAUGAGGCACCCGCAAACGCUGCAAGGUCGAUACCCGAGCGAGGCUACGGUUGGACGAUUGUCUCGAUUUGUGCGCUCUUGACGUUCUGGUUCAAUGAGAUCAGCGGCAGCUGGGGAGUCAUCCAGGCGGCUCUUUUACGGUCGCAGCUCACCGAUACGCCCACGUCGACCAUUUCUUUCGUCGGCACUCUCGGACUCGCCUGCGUCGUGGCAUUUGGGCUGUUCAGGAUCCGUCUGGUUCGCCUUGUUGGCGGACGUACGGCGGCUCUGCUAGGUGUCGCCCUUGUUUUACUAGGCGAGAUCUGUUCUUCCUUUACGACAUCCAACGUCGGGGGUCUGUUUGGAUGCUCGGGCGUGCUCUUCGGUCUUGGUGCCUGCCUGUGCUAUUCAAUCUCCAACACUCUGCCGACACAGUACUUUACGGCGAGACUUGGCCUGGCUUCUGGCCUGGUCAAGUUCGGCGGCGGCAUUGGUGCUACUGUUCUCGCCGUUGUGAUUGACGCACUGAUUAAUCGAGUGGGCAUCCCGUGGACAUUUCGAAUCCUGGGCUUUUGCUCUCUUGCCACAAGUGGACCGGCCGUGUGGUUUAUGCAGGAGCGAGUCCCCAUUGGAAGGGUCCCCUUUCUUGAUCUGUCACUGUUCAAGAAUCUGCCCUUUACAGCAAUCUUUUGUGCCGGCGCCGUUGGGACAUUUGCACUCUUCGUCCCCCCGUUUUUCCUCCCUCUGAUCGCACAGCGCAUCGGUCUGAGCCCGUCUACCGGGGCCGGACUAGUCGGCGCUUUCAACGCUUGCACCGCCGUUGGCCGGUUCGUCUCGGGCUGGCUCAGCGAUUUCAUCGGGCCGGUGAAUAUGUUCUUGUUGGCGAUGACCCUGAAUGCUGUGACCGUGGUGGCCAGCACGGCUGCUCGUGUUGAGAACAGCGAGUCCGGCCGCGUGGCGAUAGCAAUGGGCAUGGCCAUCUCGGGGUGGACGGGGGGCUACUUGAUGGGCGUGUGA